AUGACGACAAAUCAUGCAUUUAAAAUCUUCCAUCUCCCGAAUGUUGCAUUGAAAGCCGUUUUAAGUUCCAUGAACCCAGUUGAAUUCGACCCCACUUUUGUACGUGAAUACUCAAUUUUGAUUUACUAUGCCGGAGAUGACGUCGUGCAUUCUUUCAACACAAUUACCACCUAUCUAUCAGACCUUUUUGAUGUUCAACCAUCGUUUUUGAGCUUGAAUUAUAAGUAUUUGCAAGAUGAUAUCAUUUCGAAGAUUAUGGAUAAUUACUGUAACGUACACAACUUUGAAUUAAAGGACGACGUCAACAAGGAUUACAAAAUUGUAAACUAUAAUGAUCAAAUUAUAGUUUCAAUUCUUAAACAGCAAGAUUCCACGUUGCAACUGAAAUUGUUAUUCAACCCACCGCCUGAAUUCACUUUCGACUUCAAUAGUUUACGGAACACGCCUGUAGUAAUUGAAAUUGAACACUCCCACUGGAUAACUUGGAACCAACUUCUAGAAAUAAAAUCCGAAAACGUGUACCUGUGCAGAUCAAACUUUUCAAACUUGGAUUUGAAGAAUUUAGUUCAAAUAUGGAAAAACGGAUGGACUCCGAAGUGGAAGUGGCUGAUGGUGCAGUUUAAGGAGGAUUUGGAUGUGGAUACCCUAAUUUCCGAAAGGUUCAUGAACAUUGAUUUGAAAGACUGUCAAACAAGUUUUAUUUUGAAGGAUAUUUCAACUCACGCGUAUAAAUUCAGAGCAGAAUUUCACACUUUUCAAGGAGUCACUACAAAAACUGGAUAUCAUCUAACUCGUCCAGAUCACUCAAUUGCAACUGUUACAGUGGAAAACAAUAGAAUUGGUUGGUUCUAUAUGCAAUCGAACGAGCCGAAUGAGAAACUGAUAACUAGAGUAACCAAGCAUGCAUUUUAUUAG